AGCUCUUUCAUGUGGAAAAUCCUUUUCUUGGUCCGCCGGAAUAGACCUUUUGAAGGUGAAAUUGUUACAUAGUUCCAGUCCUUCCGGUUCGCUGUUCCUUGAGCCGAGGCUCUAUCGGAAAUAACGUCCCUGCCUUAUAUAAGGUUUAAAAACACAUGAUAAUUCAAAGAAGAGGCAGUUCAGGAGAAGUAAGUUAAAGGGUCCAUUAAAAGGGAAAAGACCCAAAUGAAGAGCUGUGUGGAAUGGUACCCUAUUUUUAUUAUGUUGGCAAUUGAUUUUGCUUUUGCCAUUAGUAAUAUACUUCUCAAGAAGAUUAUACUGGAUGGAAUGAACCAUUUGGUCUUCAUCACUUAUCGUCAGUCCAUUUCUACCAUAUUUUUAGCCCCAAUUGCCUUCUUUCUGGAAAGGAAUACUAGACCAAAACUCACCCCUCAAAUCUUGUGUAACCUUUUCUUGAGUGCUAUCGUUGGGGCAUCUCUUACGCAAUACUUAUUCCUUCUUGGAAUAGAAUACACAUCUGCAACUUUCUCAUGUGCUUUUGUCAACAUGGUUCCUGUGAUCACAUUCCUAAUGGCAUUACCUUUUGGGUUAGAGACUAUCAACAUCAAACACGGAAGUGGAAUAGCCAAAUUGAUUGGUACAUUAAUAUGCGUUGGAGGUGCCUUCAUACUGACUUUUUACAAAGGCAUCCCUUUGAUUCAUUUUUCAGACCUACAACAUGUAUCUCCAUCCUCGGAUGCAGCCAUUAGUUCCUCGAAAAUAAAGGAAAGAUGGAUCCUUGGUUCUCUGGCGUUGUUUGCUGGGACGUUUUUGUGGUCGUCGUGGUUCCUUCUUCAAUCCUUUAUCGGAAAUCAAUAUCCAUGCAAGUACUCUAGCACUGUUAUCAUGACCUUCUUUAGUGCCAUACAAUCGGCUAUCUUAACUUUGUCUAUUGAUAGAAGACUAUCAAUUUGGAUUCCAAAGGAAAAGAUCGAUAUGUUGACUAUCGUCUAUGCUGGGUUAAUAGGUUCAGGAAUGUGCUAUGUGGGAAUGUCAUGGUGUGUGAAGAAGAGGGGUCCAGUCUUCACUGCAGCAUUCAGUCCUCUUGUCCAAAUUAUGGCAGCCAUGUUCGACGUUCCCAUUCUACACGAACAACUCCAUCUUGGAAGUGUAAUUGGAUCAGCAAUUGUAAUUGCCGGACUAUACUUUCUGCUUUGGGGCAAGAACAGAGAAAUGCAAAAAGUUGUCCAUGAAACUGAAGAGAAAAAGGACAAGGAGCUAACCUUUAAAGAUUUAGAAACCAAUUCUGAAUCCAGGAUCCCUUAAUGUGAACUUUCUCUAGAAGUAUUUCAAUAUGUAUUCCCUAUGAACUGAGGUUUCUUUGUUAACCUUAGAUUUUGUAAUAAAAAACUGCACCUUUACCAUUAAAAUUUUUGUUCUUCUAGGAAUGAGUGCAAGAAUCAAUUAGGAAAGAGCCUACCAAAACUGUCAAUUGCAAGACUCAAGUGUGUACCCAAAGAAGGGAGCAUUGGCGUAACUAGUAAAGUUGUUGCCAUGUGACCAGGAGGCCAUGGGUUCGAGCCGUGGAAACUGCCUCUUGCAGAAAUCAGGGUAAGACUGCAUACAAUAGAGCCUUAUGGUCCGGCCCUUUUCCAAACCCCGUGCAUAGCGGGAGCUUAGUGCACUGGGC